GUGGCAGAGCAGGCACUAGAGUGACACAGAGUGGCAGGUACUGUGAGGGUGACCGCUAGGGGGCCUGACAGUCACACAAGGGGACAGCAGCUACCAACAGCACGGGAAGGACACGACGGAUAGAAGCCGGGAGAAGGAGCCACUUCCGGAUGAGUGUGGUGCCCCGUCGCGCCCGCUGCCACGGUUGGCUGCGUCUGGAGCGGAAGUGACGCUGCCGUCCGUGAGGGAGGUGGGAGUGCGCGCUUCCGGCUGCGUGCAGUGGUGUCAGGCAGGAGCAGCAGCAGCGGGAGGAGGAGGAAGAGACGGCCGGGAGGGAGAGGAGAGAGCGGCGCCCAGAUAUGGACAUAGAGAAAGAGUUUCAGGAGGCGGACAGGAACAGCAGCUGGAACUCCAUUUACCAGGAUAUCCGACAUGAAGCCAGCGACUUUCCAUGUAAAGUGGCCAGACUGCCUGAAAAUAAAUCCCGCAAUCGUUACAGAGAUGUUAGUCCUUUUGAUCAUAGCCGGAUAAAACUGCACAGAGAGGACAAUGAUUACAUUAAUGCCAGUUUGAUCAAGAUGGAGGAGGCUCAGCGAAGCUACAUACUGACACAGGGUCCAUUGCCAAAUACUUGUGGUCACUUCUGGGAGAUGGUGUGGGAAAAGAAGAGCAGUGGGGUUGUCAUGCUGAACCGAGUCAUUGAGAAAGGAUCAAUCAAGUGUGCCCAGUAUUGGCCGAAGAGAGAGGACAGCCCAAUGGUGUUUGAAGAUGCAAACUUGAAAUUAACCCUGCUUUCUGAAGAUGUCAAAUCCUAUUAUACAAUCCGUGUCCUGCAGUUGGAAAAUCUUGGUACACAGGAGACCAGGGAAAUCUUGCACUUUCAUUACACCACGUGGCCGGACUUCGGGGUACCAGAAUCUCCAGCAUCAUUCCUCAACUUCCUCUUUAAGGUGCGAGAGUCAGGCUCUCUCAAUCCGGAGCACGGGCCCAUAGUGGUACACUGCAGUGCUGGCAUUGGCCGGUCGGGCACCUUCUGUUUAGCGGACACUUGCUUACUUCUGAUGGACAAACGGAAAGAUCCGUCCUCGGUGGAUAUCAAGCAGGUGUUGCUGGAAAUGAGAAAAUACAGAAUGGGUCUCAUACAGACAGCAGAUCAGCUGCGAUUUUCCUACCUAGCUGUGAUUGAAGGGGCCAAGUUUAUCAUGGGAGAUUCCUCAGUGCAGGAACAAUGGAAAGAAUUGUCCAAUGAAGAUAUGGAUCCUCCGCCAGAACAUACUCCACCGCCACCCAGGCCUCCCAAGCGCGUCACAGAAGCGUUGAAUGGCAGGAUGCAUGAACAGUUCUUCUCACAACAAGUGGUGGAGGAGGUGAUAAGACGAGCAGUCAGUACAGUGGAGGAGAGUGUACCGGAUGGCAUAGCCCACCUUCCUCCUCCACCUCCAAUUGAAAGCACUCAUCAAGACACUGAACUUAGAAAAAGGAAUGCUGGCGAUCAGGUCCACUCCUCGUCUGACCCAGAAGAAAAGUCUGACAACAUAGACAACAAAAGCGACAGCCAGGAAUGGAAGUCAUUGGUGUUGAAUAUCUGCAUGUUCACUGUGCUGACCGCCGGAGCUAUACUCUGCUACAGAGUUUGGUACCAUUAAAGGACUCUCCAGUUUCUGCCCUGUCUCUAAUAGAUUUUUUCACACGGGAGCAAGUGAGACAUAGUUGCAACCAAAUGAAGAGAGGAGGAAAUAUUAAAGCUGAGCUUCAGUUUCACAGAUCUAAGCUUUAACAGCUGGACUUUUCUCGAGCUCAAGAGUCUCAAUGCACUAAGGGGUCUCGAGGAUACCCUGAAGUCCCAAGGAGAGAUUACUCACAUCUCAGGGCCUACAUCUAUUCAGGAGUAAACACAGAUAAUGCCAAAUAUUUUUUUUUUUUUUAUGGAAUAAAAUAGUAGUAUAACAACACGUUGUUGUUGGGAUUUUUUUUUUUUUUUUUUACUUUUUUGAUCAGGUUUUUCCCUUCUGUUUUUAAGAAGACAUGAGAGUGUCCUUUUAUUUUGUGUUGCAAAUUUUUUUUUGUCACAAGUGAAAUUUAAGCAUGUGACAUUUUUCCUUAUAACCUAAUCAAUGGUUCUUUAUAUCGGACUCACUUUCUGCCCCCCACCCCCUAAAAAAAAAAUCUAAAAAAAUCAGACACAUCAAAGGAAUGUAUUUUUUAUUUUUUCUCUUUCGAGGAGGGUAGGGGGGUUUGUAUUAUUAUAGGUUUUGACUAUGGGGUAUAAGCAGUGACUCAGAAAUUGUAUAGAAGAUUUUCAUUUUUUCGAAUUGAAAUGAGCUUGUGGGCUGUGCCUGACUCUUAACCUCGAUAUAACUGUUACAAUGGCUUCAUUGUCAUUUCCAUUUUGUAAAGUGUAGGAAAAGUAGCUUUUUUUUGCCCCCUUUUGCUCAGGGUAGGGCAACAGUAUUUUUUCACCCCUAACUGUUUUUCUUAUUUCCAUUUUGUGUUACAUGUUGGACUUCUGUUUGCACGUUCUCCUGUAGUACUGACUGAUACAUGCUUUCCUGCAGAAUGCUACAAAUAAACACAAAGGAGUUAUCCACCAGCAUUUCAACCGUACGGUGCCUCAGAAGUGGAGUGCUACAACAUCGCACUGCACACAUUUUGCCUAGUGUGAGAUCGAUUGUCGAAGAACCUCUCUCCCUGCCAGCGAAGCCAAUAUUUAUGUCAUGGCUGUUCUUAGAUCCCAUGAUUGGUGCUUGGGAGUUUCAAACCACUUACUGGGACUGUCUUAGGUAAACGUGGUUUCAGUUACCACCACAACGGAAGGCCUGUGUCUGUCUGAUAUAUGGCAGUCGUGUCUAUAAAUUUGUAUAAGCUUUUUCUUCUGCCUCUCACAUUUAUACACAGUACAGUGUUGGGAUGUGUAACCAACACAGUUUGGGCGGGGGUGGAUAAUAAUAUUUAGUGAACUCUAUAAUACUGUUUAAACCUGACGCAAUACACAAAUGCACUUGUGACACUUGAAUGUGUUGGAAUUAUGUGCUGGUCCAAUAAAGUUUUAUUCUCCCUUCCA